AUAUUCCUCACAGUACCGGAAAAGAAAUCUGGCGACGUUCCUGAUUUCCUCGUGUAUGCAGCGUCUGCGGCGCACGUGUACGACGGUUUUACGAAAAUCGUAUUAAACAUUUUUUGUAUUAUAUUUCAUCGAUAAAACUCAGAAUGGGUAAACCAGGUUUUUCACCGGCUGGAGGAGGUGGCGGUGGAGGCUUUGGUGGUCGUGGAGGUGGAGGGGGUUUCGGAGGAGGUCGAGGUGGAACCCCUAGAGGAGGACGCGGUGGAGGUCGUGGAGGUAGUCGCGGAGGCGGCGGUCGUGGAGGGUUUGGUGGCCGUGGUGGUGGAGGGGGUUUUGGAGGAGGUCGAGGUGGAACCCCUAGAGGAGGCCGUGGUGGAAGUCGUGGGGGUGGCCGGGGAGGACGAGGUGGAGGUGGUUUCAAAGGAGGAAAGACUGUUAUAAUUGAACCUCAUCGUCACGAAGGAGUAUUCAUUGCUAGGGGAAAAGAAGAUGCUCUAGUCACAUUAAAUUUAGUCCCUGGAUCCGAAGUAUAUGGAGAGAAAAGAAUAAGCGUCGAGGGUGAAAAUGGUGAAAAAGUUGAAUACAGAGUUUGGAAUCCCUUCAGAUCCAAACUCGCUGCUGCCAUUCUUGGUGGAGUCGAUCAGAUUCAUAUGCCUCCUGGAAGUAAAGUAUUAUACUUAGGAGCUGCCUCAGGAACUACAGUAUCGCAUGUGGCGGAUGUUGUUGGACCGGAAGGGUUGGUAUAUGCAGUAGAAUUCUCGCACAGAUCAGGAAGAGAUCUUAUUAAUGUGGCUAAAAAACGAACGAAUAUCAUCCCCAUAAUCGAAGAUGCCAGACAUCCCCAUAAAUAUAGAAUGUUGGUUGGCAUGGUGGAUACAGUGUUUGCAGACGUUGCGCAACCUGAUCAAGCAAGAAUUGUUGCCUUGAACGCGCAAUAUUUCCUCAAGAAUGGUGGACACUUUGUUAUCUCCAUUAAGGCAAGUUGUAUAGACUCAACGGCACAGCCGGAAGCAGUGUUUACGGCAGAAGUGAAGAAGCUAAUCGCAGACAAACUAAAGCCACAAGAACAGAUCACACUGGAACCAUAUGAGAGGGACCAUGCAGUUGUUGUUGGCGUAUUUAGGCCACCAGCUAAAAAGUCUGGCUAAAUUUUUAAUUGUAAUAAAUAUGAUAAUUCAUAGGACGGUAAAAAGUCAUAUUUUUCCAUGAUCAUUCUCUGAUAGAUAACUGUUAGCGGUAUUAUACUCCAGUUUUAUUUCUGUGAACGUGAUACACAGAAAAUCGGAUUUAAGUCAUUUAAUAUGACUAGAGAAUAAAAUAACAGUUACUUUACAUAAGAUUUAUAAAAAGGCCACUUCCAAUUAGACAAAUAUAUUAUUUGUUCUAAAGAAACAUGGUCAUGAAAUCCAAUUGCAAAUGUAAAAAUGCGCUCAGCAAUCGGUCCUAGUAACGAAAACUUUUUGAAAUGUUAAAUUUUGUAUGGUUACAUGGCUGGCUGACGAGUGCUUUUACAAAUGAUUCUUGUGUUAAUGUAUUGACAGAGCAGUUUAAGAAAACGGAACUAUAAUUUCACAAUUUACGUUCAAAUUAUCGUAAGGAAUUCUAUAAAUGUAUCUAAUUUUAUAAAUAAACUAUACUUGUAUUAUUCCGAUCGGUACA